CUCCCCGGGCCUCCUCCCCUCCGGGGAACUAACCACCUACAAGUUUGACAGCUCCGCUUCGUGCGCCGCUCACACGCAGCAGCAGCAGCAGCAGCAGCAGCAGGAGCGACUGUCCUCCUCAUUCCUCUCUUUCUAUCUACAGUGCUCUUGUUGUUGUCGUCCGGGUGUGUGUGUGUGUGUGUGCGUGUGUGCGUCUCGCGUCUCCUGCCGUGCUAUGAGGAAUUUCAUGUGUCCGUAGGUUUUGGUCACUUCUUUUUCUUUUCUUUUCUUUUUUUUGCGUCGCUGUAGUUUUCGUCCCUCUUCCUUCUGUCGGGGCGUCGUGAGGGAUCUGAACAUGUCGAAGGGCGCGGAGGAGGUGAACAGGCUCACUGAGAGUACAUACAAGAAUGUGAUGGAUCAAUUCAACCCAGGACUGAGGAACCUGGUCAACCUGGGCAAGAACUAUGAGAAAUCAGUGGCCGCUAUGACCCUGGCGGGAAAGUUGUAUUUUGAUGCAAUGUCUAAGAUUGGGGAGAAUGCUGCAGUGUCUCCUGUCUCCAGAGAAUUAGGUGUAGUGCUGAUGGAAAUCUCAGAGGUCCACAGGAAGGUUCAUCUUGAGCUGGAAGAAAAUUUUAAGAGGUUCCACAGGGAGAUAAUAGCAGAGCUGGAGAGAAAGACCGACAUGGAUGUCAAAUACAUGACAGCCACAUAUAAGAGGUAUCAGAUGGAGCACAAGAUGAAGCAGGACUCCCUGGAGAGGUCCCAGUCAGACCUGAAGAAGUUGAGAAGAAAGAGCCAAGGCAAGAAUGCCAACAAGUACGAGAACAGGGAGAGCGAGUGCCUGGAAACGUUGACGAGCCGUCAGAUGGACAUGCAGUUGUUCACCGCGGACGGCUGCAAGGAGGCUCUGCUGGAGGAGAAGAGACGCUUCUGUUUCCUGGUGGACAAACACUGUCUGUUCUCCUACCAGUUCGCUUCCUUCCAUGACAAGGCCAGAGACAUACUGACGGCGAAGCUGAGCAGCUGGCAGGACCAGUGCAACGACGCCACCAACAUGCCAGAGAGCGUGUUGUCGAUGAUCGAGGGGCUGCGGGCGCCGGUCACCAUCACACCGCUGCCAUCUCCCUCCCCGUCUCAGCGCAGCCUGAACAUUGGCUCUCUGAUGGCUCCGCCUCUGAAGCCUCAGACCAGCCCUCUGGCGAACAUGUUCACCCAGGAGAAAGCUGCCACUGUAACCGCCACCACCAACAACAGCACAGCUCAUGGGAACGGUGAGGAGAAAAGUCUCCCCAGGUCCAUGUCUGUCGCGACGGGCCUCAACAAUAUCGUGGAGAGGCCUCGCGUGCGCACCAUCUUCCCCCACGCUGCCGGCAACAACAGCACACUGCUCAGCUUCGACGAGGGCGACGUCAUCAUCCUGCUCAUCCCCGAGGAGAGGGACGGGUGGAUGUACGGUGAACUGGAGAAGAACGGAAAGAGGGGCUGGUUCCCUUCAUCUUACUGCCUGGCGCUCUCGGAGCCACUCAUGAAUGACAACAGUGUGUCCGUGGCACCGUACCGCAGUCGAAGUGUGGUCGACCUGCACCAUCAGGACACAGAGACGGAUGAGGCGACCAUGGUGCUCCCCCCGGCGGACUACAGUGACAGAUCGCAGCGCAACGCGGUGAAGAACAGCGCCGUCACCACAAAUAACAACCACCAGCACUCCCCCACGCCCUCUGCAGCCUCUUCCUCCUCGUCCGAUCACAACACGGCAGCCCAGCCCAACGGCAUCUCGAGACCUGCGGCCGCUUACCUCGCGGGAGGGAACCCGUUCGCCACAGUCCGGCUACGUCCAACUGUCACCAACGACCGCUCCGCACCGGUCAUCUGAUCUGUCCACAUUUCCGCCCAUCUUUUCGACUCCCACAAGUCCUCAACAACCUUCCAGUGUCCUCAUGCCCAGGACAUGCAGCUCUGCCCUGCCUUUUACUGACACAGCAGCUUCACCUGGUCUGGAGUUGAGAAAAAAACACUGGGAAAAAAACACAAGAAAUGCCAUUUUUAAUCUGGUCUGGGAUCCCCCAUACUGCUGCAAACUCUGACAUGGAAGUAUUUUGGGAGUGUUUUAUUUCCAGAUCACAUGCUUACAUGUUUAAAGUAAUGUAUUUUCUGUCUAUUUUUAUUGUCCUUCUGUGUGUAGUGGCGGUAUAUUUAAAUGACCGCAUUCUUACCUGCACUUGAGAGCUAGACGAAUAAAAAAUGGUCAAGGAAAAUGUUGCGACGUAUUUAAGCUGUUCUGUGUCGCUUGUGCAUCGGCGAAAAACAACCGUUCAAAUCAUUUCUGUUGCCAUGGGACAGUAGAAGAAUGUACUGAGGACUGGAAGACCUCUGUGUUGCACCCUCAGGUCCGUAUGAAAAUGCUACGACUCCUUAUUGAUGCUAAAAAUGAUAUUGACUGUUGCAGCGGAGAGAAGAUUGCAGACAUUUAAAGAAAUGCAUUCUAAAAGGCACACAAGUGAUCUUUAUCCCCAAAUCCCUCAAGUAUAUAUAUUUGUACAUCAGAUGAUAUAAAUGUUUUCCUUUUGACAUUGGAUCCUUCAACUCUUAGUAGAGCUAGAUGAUCAUGGAGACUUGGACGUUUGCCUUAAUGACACAUACGACACAUACCUACUGUAAAGUACCAUUUACCUGUUGCAUCCCCGAGUGUGGAUAUGAGUUGUGGAACUCACUUCGUCAAAUACACAGUGCAAUCGCUUCUUUGUAAUCGGCUUCGUAAGACCAGUUCGUACACUAAUUUUUGGUCUUUGUCCCACGUUACACCCUGAAUAGAAUGUGCUGGAAUGAAAAAUAAAAGAUUUAUUUCUUCA